GUGAAGCGGACAGAAAGAAGACAACCAGAUAGACGGCAAGCCAGACAGACAACAAAAGCCGAUCAAGAUGAUGAUGAUGAUGAAGAGCCCCAUCAUUCUGGUGAUCUCCACCUUGCUUUUCUCAUCUCUUGCUGUCCAGGCCUAUCAAAGCUAUGCUCCAGAUAAGUGCUGUGCGACGUUUUUUUCCUUCAGGCUGCGUACGAACAACGUGGUGAGCUACAAGUACACAGACAACCGCUGUUCCAUGGAGGGUGUCAUCUUCAAGAUGAUCAACGGUAAUGAAGUCUGUACCGACCCGUCUCAGCUGUGGGUGAAGAUGCUCAUCGAGGCCAAAGAGAGGCUUCAAACUUACUGACUGACCCAGUGUUUAUUCUAACACCUCACUGAGCUGAGAUCAUGUGGUGAUUUAUCUUCAUAGCUUCCUCUCUAUUAGCUUUAAAAUAAAUGGAAAACAUUUUUUUUAUUAUUACCUGUUCUUUUGCCUGUUUUAAUGUGGUUUCAAGUGAUGUAUUGAAAUAUUAUUUUCUGAUAUAACCAUUAUUCAAAAUUCAUAUAUUAUUA